GUUAAACUGUAAGGCGGCAUAAGCACAUAUUUAGAUUUUGGUCGUUGCUGCAUUUAGUCGUGGCUCAGCUUUGACCGGCUAAGCGGGAGAAGUUAAAAGGUACGAAGUGCGAAUAUGCGAUAUUGGGCACUUCUAGCUAUUUGCGUUUUGCAAAUAACCCUGUUGGUGCAAGGUGAAGAAAACGAAAGUAAAUACACAGUAAUUGGACCUGGUACGUUACACUCUAAUCGUCACUACAAUGUCGCAGUCAGUGGAUACAAAGUAGGGUCGCCACUUAAAAUUAAGGUUGGCAUCACUGGACCUUCAUACAAUGAAACAAAAGAAGUUGAUUUAGCUCAAGAUGGAACGAAAGAAAUUUCAUUCGAUGUUCCAAAGUUAGAGAGCGGCAAAUACAAUUUAACAGCUGAGGGUCUUUCAGGCAUAAUUUUCAAAAAUACCACUCUACUCAAUCAGGAGACCUUUAAGAAUUACGUAAAAAUACAAACUGAUAAAGGUGUCUAUAAACCAGGUGAUACAGUAAAUUUCCGCGUGAUUUUCUUAGAUGAAAAUCUUAAACCCGGGCUACCAUCAAAAGAUGUUAUUAUAUGGUUUGAGGAUAGUAAACGGAAUCGCAUAAAGGAAAUUAAGGACUUGGAGGUUGUUAAAGGUGUCUACACGGGGAAAUUUGAAAUAUCCGAAUAUGCAGUACUAGGCUAUUGGCGUAUUGUGGUACAUAAUGCUGAUACCUAUGAUCAACAGGCUUCCUUCAAAAUCGAUAAGUACACUCUGCCCAAAUACAAGGUCGAUGUUACUGCAACAGAAAGCGUUUCGGUACUAGAUGGCGAUAUGCAAGUCGUUGUUAGAGCAAACUACACUUACGGCAAACCCGUCGAUGCCAAGGUUACCCUCGUCUGUGAAUUGGAUAAUAAUGUUUAUGGUUCAGAGAAAGAAGUGGUUCCCGCACCAAAACUCAUCAAAACAACUGAUAUGGUUAAAGGCAAAGCAAAAUUCGAUUUUAAUGUGAAAGAGUAUGGGGCCUAUAUGCCACAAAAAUUGUCCUCAUAUUAUUUUAAAAUUUUCGCAACUGUUGAAGAGAACUUUACUGGUGUGAAAAUUAAUGGCACUGCUAACUCUUUCCUAUAUCCUUACCGAUAUUUCAUGAAUUGUGUUAAUUACCCAAAUUGUUCCACAUUCUAUCCUGAUAAAGAAACUGAAAUAAUAUUUCGAUUGUCUUAUGUUGACAAUUCACCUUUGAAGGAUACCAAAUCUGAAGUGAAACUUACAUAUACAGAAAAUGUGGAAAAAACCUAUUGGAAUGAAGAUAAGGACAAACCAAUUGAGCCAAAUCCUGUUAAUAAUGAAAAGUCUUUCACAUUUACAAGUCGUCUUAAUGAUACAAGCUUUGUUAAUUUUGUUGUGGUAUUACCAUCAUUAGCUGAGUAUAAUGGUUAUUCUCAUCACUUCAAAAUGGAAAUUGAAUAUGCGGGAGAAAAACGAAAUGUUUUCACAGCUUAUCAAUACAGAGAGCCUAAAGAAUUUACACCUACAGUACCGAAUGAAGAACCUAAAGACUAUUUUAGACUGCGUACUAUAUAUGAUGAGAAAAAAUAUAGUUACGAGAUCGGCGACAAAGCAACUGUAACUGUGAACUCAAGUGAACCUUUGUCAUAUAUUGUCUACAACCUCAUUGGACGUGGAAACAUUUUGCACAGUGAACGCAUAGAGUUACCCAAUAAACCGAAAGAGUACAAUAUAACCUUCCCGACAACAUUUUCUAUGGCUCCCUGGGUUAAAAUUUAUGUCUACUAUGUAGAUGAGCAUGGCAAUUAUCAUCAUGAGGAGACAUCUUUUCGUACAGCAGUAAAACUACAAAAUGAAAUAACAAUUACGGCAGUUGAACAAACAAAACCUGGUGAUGAUGUCGCUUUAAAGAUAAAAACACCAGCAAAUUCUUUUGUUGGUUUGUUAGCCAUAGAUCAGAGUGUUACUCUACUUGGUUCCAAUAAUGAUAUUACUGCAAGCGAUUUCCAAUGGCGUUUGAGUAAUUACAAUACUCACACACCUUGGCAAGGCGGUUAUUCAUACUAUCCGGGACAAUCUUCUGGUGUUGUGACAUUAACGAAUGCACAUUACGAAUACAAUUGGACAGAACCAGAUUAUACCAUUUCAACAUUUAGAAGUGAUAUGGUGCAGCAUGAUAUACCUAUGUCUUUCUCUCAUUCAACAAAAACAUCAAUGCGAAAAGGACCACCUGGACCAUUAGCAGCUGCAUCACCUGUUUUUAUUGCUGGAUUUGGAGCCCCUGAAAGUGGUGGAGGCAAUAUUCAAGUACGAAGUGACUUUUCUGAAACCUGGAUAUUCGACAAUAUUAAUAGUACUGAUUCUGAUGAAUUCACGUACACAAAAAAAAUACCCCACACUAUUACUAAGUGGCUACUCUCAGGCUUUGCACUUAAUGAUGAGAAGGGACUCGCCGUUACCAAAGACCAAACAAAAAUAACAACAUUCCAGCCAUUCUUCGUAGCGAUAAGAUUACCCUACUCAGUUAAACGAGGUGAAGUGAUUAAUGUGCCAGCGUUAGUGUUUAAUUAUUUGGAAAAAGAUCUCGAUGUUACCAUAACACUUGAUAAUGUUGAUGACGAAUUCGAAUUUACUGAAGUUUCCAAUGAAGUCAUAAAUGAUAAGAAACGUACAGCUACAGUACGUGUAGAUGGCAACUCUGCAGCCGGCGCUUCGUUUAUGAUACGCCCCAAAAUAGUUGGUAACAUAUUGCUUAAAUUUACUGCCAUCUCACCCAUUGCUGGAGAUGCUGUGCAUAAGUCUUUGAAAGUGGUGCCUGAAGGUAUCACAGAAUACAAGAAUCGCGCAUACCUUGUGGACUUGAAAAAUGGAGAUGAAUUUAAGGAAACUUUAGAGCUAGAUCUGCCAAAAGAAAUUGUGCCAUUAUCGCAGCAUACAGAAUUUGCAGUUGUUGGUGAUUUAUUGGGUCCAGUCAUGAAUAAUCUAGAGAAUUUGGUACGCUUGCCACAAGGUUGUGGUGAACAAACAACAUCAAAAAUGGUACCUAACAUAUUAGUCUAUCGUUACUUAAAGAGCAUAAACAAACUUACACCUGCUUUAUCAUACAAAAUCCUUAAUGGCUUGCAAAGUGGUUAUCAGAAUAUACUCAAGUUCCAACAUUCUGAUGGCUCAUUUAGUUCAUUUGGCCCAAGGGAAAACAGCCAACAUCCAGUCAACGGUUCAACUUGGCUCACUGCUUAUGUGCUUCGAUCGUUAAAUAAAACAACGGACCUUAUCAAUGUUGAUGAAAAACUAUUUGAGAAUGGAUUUAAAUAUUUAGCGAGCAAACAAGCGGAAAAUGGUACAUUCCUUGAAGCCGGUGAACUUUUCUUCAAUCAUCAAAAACGACAUGUAUCACUGACUGCCAAUGUAUUGUUGGCUUUCUUCGCCAAUGAAAAAGCAUCAGCCCAGUACAAGGCUGCUAUUGACAAGGGACUAAAAUAUUUAUUGGAUAAUUUUGAUGCAGCCGAAGAUUUACGUUCAAAAGUAAUAAUUGUGUAUACCUUAUUAAUGGCUAAGCACCCAAUGUCUAAGGAACAUACAGCGAAACUAAAGGAUAAAGCCAAAACAGAAGAAGGAUUUACUCAUUGGUCAGACGAUAAAACUUCAUUUGACCCAGUUUAUUUAUGGCGUUGGUCAUUCAGCAGUGAUGUGGAAAACACUGCAUAUAUGCUCCUGAACUUAUUGCAAUCCGAAAACGAAACUAGCGAGAGCCUUCUACCAAUACUUAGAUGGCUUGUAGCGCAACGUAACAGCUAUGGUGGCUUCUAUUCUACCCAGGACACUGUUGUCGGUCUACAAGCCAUGAUAGAGUUUGCAAUCAAAUACAAUUAUUCACCUGCAGAGGCUGAUGUCAGCAUAAAAGCCAAAGGUGAUAAGGAAAAACUGGAGUCCCUUAAAAUAAACGAAGGCAACUCUGUACUCAUGCAAAUUGUUGAAUUGCCACCCAAAACCAAUGCCAUCGACUUUAAAUUGAAUGGCAAAGGUACCGCACUGGUGCAAGUCUCUUAUCAAUAUAAUAUAUUGGAGAAAGACAAGAAGCCAAGCUUUGUUAUAAAAACCAAUAAGCACCCGAAUGCACCACCUUCCAAAUUAGAAAUGCAGGUGUGCGUUGAAUACACUGGUGAAGGAGAUGCUUCGAAUAUGGCUAUAUUGGAAGUUGAACUACCUUCUGGCUAUAUAGCUGAAAAGGAAACCUUUGAAGAGAUUAAUAAAGUGAAGAGAGUUCGUCAAAUUGAAACCAAAAAGGACGAUACAGUUAUUGUGGUUUACUUCGAGAGUUUGCACAAAUCCGAAGAGCAAUGUGUGCCAGUUGAAGCUGUAAAAGCCUUCCCAGUUGCUUUACAGAAACCAGCGACUAUUGUCUUAUACGAUUACUACGAUACCAGCAAGAAAGCUACGGACUACUAUGAGUCAAAGUCUAAAUUAUGCGAUAUUUGUGAAGAUGAUGAAAAAUGCAAAGAAGCUUGUAAAUAAGCAAUAUUAGAUAUUAAAUUGGUUCCGCCCUGCUAGAAGGAUAUAUUCGAUAUAAGAUAUAGUUUAAUCAAGUUAAUUUCUUAUUUUUUAUAUAUAAAAAUCUAUUAAGUUAUAAAAGUUUUAUUUUAAUAAA